AUGGACACAGCCAUGGAAGUACACACAGAUGGUAACUCUCUGUUAAAAGCUGUCUACCUGAGCAGACUGCGCCUCACCAGAUUACUGCUGGAAGGUGGGGCUUACAUCAAUGAAAGUAAUGAACGUGGCGAAACCCCUCUAAUGAUUGCUUGCAAGACAAAGCAUGUGGACCAACAAAGCAUCAGCAAAGUGAAAAUGGUGAAAUAUCUUCUGGAAAACCAGGCAGAUCCUAAUAUUCAGGACAAAUCAGGAAAGACUGCUUUAAUGCACGCAUGCAUAGAGCAGGCUGGUGCCGAGGUCAUAGCAUUACUGCUGGCAAGUGGAGCUGACCCAAGUUUAGAAGAUCAUUCAGGUGGUUCUGCUUUAGUUUAUUCAGUAAAUUCUGAUGACAAGGAAGCCCUAAAGGUACUGCUGGAUGCCUGUAAAGCAAAAGGAAAAGACGUAAUUAUCAUCACAAUGGACAAGUCACCCUCAGGCAGGCAGACGACUAAGCAGUAUCUAAAUGUACCCCCUUCUCCGAACAUUGAAGAUCGCCAUUCACUAAUGUCUUGCACUUCACCCUCCGAUAUUGAGCUGAAAACAUCAUCACCUCCUUUAACAAACAAUAUGGUGAAAGAUAAGCAGGUUUUUAACUUCAGAGACCCAGUUCACCUCUUCAGUGACAAAGAUUCCUCUGAUUCAGCUUCUCCAAACAGGAGGUCUAACCAGCCACGAGCUGAGGCCAAGUUUCCACAGUUGCAAAGGUUGAACUCUGAACCUUGGUUGGCCAUUCCUUCUUCACUCUCAUCUCAGCAUAAAACAUCUUCAUUUCAUGAAGAGAUCCAGAACCUAACCACAGAAGAAAAUCUCUCCCUGAAAAUCAAUGGCUUAACUCUUCCCAAGCGACUCUUUACCAGGCAUCAGAGUAUUGAUGUCAAAGAGACUGCAGCCCUCUUAAGAACCUUAGACCAAGAAUCAGCUUUAACUGCUCCAAGAAAAUUUUCCUGUGAUGAAAUACACUCUCAACCACUUCACCCAGGGCUGUGUUGUAGUAAUACAAUUCCUGUAGACCAGGAUCCAGAUUCAAUACAAACAAUUUCUGUUUCAAGUUUACAGAGUAUUGUCCAGAAAAGAAACUUGGGCCUUGAUCAUUAUAAUUCUGACUCACAGCUCACAAUAUGUUCAAAGCAAACAGUAACAGAUGAAAGCAAAAUGUUACUGGAUCGGAAGAAAAUGGUUACUUCUCCAUUAUCUGUGCUAACUAGUUCGAGAGAGUCUCUGGAUAAUUUGCCAACUGGGUCUCUGAGCACUGCAGGCAAGAAACACACUGGGAUUUUGGAGAGGCGAGGUUCGGGGACCCUGCUCUUAAAUCAGAUUUCACAAACAAGACCAGGCUACCUCCCACCUUUAAAUGUCAAUCCUCAUCGUCCAGUUCCAGAUACCACAGCCAACAACAAAGGCCCUGCAUCACUUCCCAAUGCCACAAAGUCUCUAAUACCAUCAGCUCCAAACACUCAAAAACGAACAGAUGUCAAAACCAAAAAGAUGUUGUUCAGGAGACAUUCAGUCCAAGUAGAGCAAAUGAAACAGCUGGCAAAUUUUGAGGAAAUAUUUGGACAGUGA